GCAUGUGCAGUUUCUUUAGCAAGCACGCUACCAAACGUUGUAAUUAACCUGAUCGACUAUUUGAAUAAAUCGUACUGACUCUACGGUUGCACAACGUAGCGUUAAACAGUUUAAUAAAACAAUGGAUGGUGAAUGAGCUGACAUCAGUGUGGGAGUGCGAACAUUCGCUGUAAUAGACGAUCUUUGCGAGCGAGGACGUGGCGUACGUAGUUGGCUAGCUCACACUAGCUAGCGUCUCUCCUGAGGAAUCAACAGUUUAAUCCGGAACAUCAACGCCAAAUCGCCGCCGGCUUCAAUCCGCCCGGCGGCGGCCAACAUGAUCUCACUCACGGACUCGCAAAAAAUCGGAAUGGGGCUGACGGGGUUUGGUGUGUUUUUCCUCGUCUUCGGGAUGAUGCUCUUUUUUGACAAAGCUCUCUUGGCUAUCGGAAACAUUCUGUUCCUCUCGGGUUUGUCCUUUGUCAUCGGCCUGGAGCGAACGUUCCGAUUCUUCUUCCAGAGACACAAAGCCAAAGCCACCGGCUUUUUCCUGGGAGGAGUGUUUGUGGUUCUGAUUGGCUGGCCCAUCAUCGGCGUCCUUCUGGAGAUCUACGGCUUCUUCCUCUUAUUUAGAGGAUUCUUCCCGGUGGCGGUGGGCUUCAUCAGACGAAUCCCGGUGCUCGGCUCGUUGCUCAGUUUACCGGGCAUCAGGACGCUGGUGGAUAAAAUCGGCGAAAGCAACAAUAUGAGCUGUGACUGAUCGGACACUUCAUACAGCUUUCCUCAAUAAAGAGGAAACAUUUUUCUUAAUUUUUUUUGACGGCAUUGCCUGUGGACUGCGUCUGGUUUGCUGUCUGUUAUUUGUGGACCGAUCUCAAUCGGGACUGCUGGUCCGACCGAUGCAAGAUUCCGGAAAACUCGGUGGAAUUUUCGUCGACCUUCAACAAAAUGUCGCUUUCCUGUGAAAAGCAUGUAUUUUUCUUUCCAAAUGUUGUGACUUUUAAAAAAAUAAUAAUAAUAAUUUCUCCAUCGUACAGUGAGCCAAAAGUUACGAUAUUGUUGAAAUACUGUGCAAGUCUUAAACUGCAGGCGUAUGAAAUGAUAUUUGUGUUACUGUCAUUUUUGUAAGUGCAGGCUUGAAAUAA